CAGAAUCAUCAGUUCCUUCAGCGGAAGCUAUACUGAAAGCAUUAUUGCUGUUCAACCAGACUUUACAAAAUGCUCAAGGACUCUUCCCAAAAACUCUAAGUGAGUCGUUACUAAAGUUGAAAUCCCAAUCUCUCUUGCAAGACCCAGACCUUCUUGGCCUGGCUGAGUUAGGAUUAGGCUCCAAUGGCCGGUGGCUGCCGGAGCAGGUUCGAGAUUUUAUCCCAUGGGUUCGCCAUGAUGAUCUAGAGAGGUCUCGUGUGGUAGAACAAGGGAAAUCAUGGGCAACAAAGGAAUUGGAAAAUUUAAACAUUGCUUUCGAGAAAUCACUGCAGGGUAUUGAGGAUAUCAGGGAGCUGGUGGCUCUACGAGAAAAUAUUCUCGGGCUGUGGAGAACAGGAAGAAAGGGGAGAAGGGAAUUCUUACAAAAAGGAGAGAAGUUUCGAGAACUUACUACCGCCAGAUUGGCAGAGGUAUUAAGAAUCAAAAUUGACGGUCUUGCAGCUAUUGGCCAUGAGCUUGGUGAGCUAUUGGAGGGUGUUGACGGUGUGGGUAAAGACUACAGCGUCAGUCUUUGGUCUGGUUCGUUAUCGUCAAUGGGCCUCGCAAAUGGUGGAUCCGCAUUUAAGGAGGCAGUCCAGUCACGUGUUCUAGGUAGAGAUAGUCCGGUUAAGGCUUUUGGGGGGAAGCACGAAAAAUGGCUUUCUAGCAUCGUAGACAGCGCCGCCGUUGUCAGAGGGCUCAAGACUCCAAGUGCCUCAUUAGCAGAAGAUGAAGACGACUUUGACGCUGAAGAGGAGAGGAUCCAGGAAGGUAUAGAAGAUGCGGUAUAUGUAGAGAAGAAGAUGGGUGAAUCAUUAGAUACAGCGUACGGCAAUUUACAGGAGACUGUUGGAGAGCUUGUGGAACGCCUUGAGGCCAGUGAAGCAAAGGAGGACAAAAAAGAGAAAGGUAUAGUUCCCACGAAACACUAUGAGAAAAGUAUGACUUACGGGCGUAUCACAAAUAUAGCGACAACGAUGCGUGCAGCACUCCUCUUGAGAGCAAUCAGGCAAAUCAGACAAAACCCGCCCAAGAGAGACGACGACUCACUGAUAGCCCUCGGUUGGUUUGGAACAAUACUCGUUCCUAGACUACAUGUACUUGUUGCCAUAAGUGUAGGCAAGAAGUCCUUCACCAAUGUCAAGAGGCUCUUAGAACACAGAAAGUGGAGUGGGAAGCUGGCUUCAAAAACACUGUGGGAAGGUGGUGAUUUAAUACCAGUUAGUGCCUUGUCUUAUACUCAUACUAACUCCUUUAUCGAACAAUAG